AUGAUUCCGAUAAUUACCAUGAUGACCAUGAUGACCAUGGUGCAUUGCCGAUGGCGCCAUACCUGGACAGGACAAGUCUUCUUGGGCGUAGGCCUGAAGCAGCCUAGAGCCGCGCAGAUGCUCGAUUUCAGCGGCGAUGACGAAUCGGGACAUCCUUGGAUGCAACGCUCCUUCGGCGAGGAAGGAGAAGCGGUGUGGCGGUGGAAUCUGCGACGAUGUGUCAGUCGAAUCGCAUCUGUGGCAGGUUGGACGAAAGGGAAGCGACUCGGCAGUCGGCCAGUCGAAGCGCGCGAACGCCGCUUGGGCAGCGAAUCUGUGUUCACCGCGAGCGACUGCGAGCAAAGAGUACAGACCGGGGAAAGCGAGCAGGGGAUAGCACCUGGCCUUGGUAUCGUAAGCGACAGCGAGCCCUGGAGACAUGCUCGUGAUCAUCUGCAGCAGCAGCAUCUCGCGCCGUUGGACAAUGGCAGGCCGCGCCGUUGGACAAUGGCAGGCCGCGCCGCCUGCGGAAUCACGAAUCACUGCGAGAAGGGAGGCGACGCAGCAUCGCAGAUCCACAUUCUCCAAACCAACCCCAUCUCGCUACUUCAACGUCUUCUCCGCAGAACCUACUCCUGGCCGAAGAGCGUUGUUGCCGUUUCUCGGCCAGGGAGGGAGGGUACGUACCUGUCUCGUUGCGGGCGUCAGCGGCACAUGGCGGGGAAGGUGUUUGUCGGCGGAUUGCUGCUGGUGGGUGGAUGGGUGAGAGAGCGGGUCGAUGCAAUUGGUGAGAGACGCGACGCGGCGUUUAGGGGUGUGUUUAGAAUCACAUCGUUGCGCGAGCGAGGAGUAGCGUUGGUAGUAAACUCUGCUCACGCGAAGCGCGUUGAGCUCCAGGGAAUGUUGUGCGCGCGUGAAGUCAGGACGCGCAAGUCAAGACGCGCAAGUCAAGACGCGCAAGUCCUCUGCCCGUCACCGGCCCACCCUCACAAGAGACCUAUCCGCAGCUAA